AUGGGGGGCAUGGGCGACUUUAUUGUGGACGACGAGGUGGAGGAUGUUGGUAAAGACAAACCGAGGGACACCAAGGCUUACAACGCAGAAGGUCCGGCGAAAAAUUGGAGGGCCUGCAACAAGUGUCGACUUUUACUGACGAUGGAGCAGUUCAUGCGAUUGGGCUGCCCAAACUGCCCAGAACUGCUUUUCACCGAAGAGGAAGCAGAGUACACCAAAGAGAAAACCACCGACGAGUAUUGAUAAUUCUGCAGAUAUUUAUUUUCCACCGCAUUUUUCCCAUCAGGGAUUCCAGGUGAUGAACAUGUGUAACUGAACUACAUGAUGUGUACUCCAGCACCUGUCCUUUUACUAUAUGUGUCAUCGUUCCCAACAUGAAAUAAAAUUAGUUCCCAACAUCGUUCCCAAUUAUGUGUCAUCGUUCCCAACAUGAGGGGAGGCUUAGAUCUGCGAGACGCUCAGCGAAGUUUUAAGCACUACUGAAAAAGACUGAGUCUAGAGAUCGGGUAAGGUUAAAUGUUUACCCUGCAGUUCCUGUAAUAGCAUCGACCAAAAAGUAUAAAUAAGCCAGUUCAACAACCACAGUGCCUGUCCUUUUUUCACUUUUUCUUAUCGCUUUUGUCUAGUUACACUAAUUUUCUACCGCCGCUUUCGAGCGAGCAUUCAUGAACACUCUUUCGAGUGCUUCUUGAAAUACUACUUGACUUGACUUGAACACUUCCAGGUGGUCCGGCAUGCUCUCGCACCUGAACCAGGGCGGAUGGUUGAAGCGGGCCGUGCAGAUUCCCGCCUUUUACGCCUACGGGAACUACGCAAUACAGAUUACCCCAAAGGAGGACUUCAGUGCGUCGAAGAAGCAAUUUGGAAAGCCAAAGCAGUACGAGCUCCCCACGGACAUCGAGCGGGAGCAGAGAAUAAGAAACACGAACCCCAAGCCCUCGCCGGUCGCGCAGCCGCUCCAAUAUCCGGGGGCCGCAUCCGCCAGUGGAGCAGGAAAAAUCUCCGCCGCAAGAGUCGCAGUAGACGUGCAGCAUAUGAAUUGCAAAAAUGUCUUGGUCUGGCAGGUUGGAACUUGUGAUGCUUCCUUUGGACUCUCAAAAAAAUUGUAUUGCAUGAACAGCAAGAGGAGUCUAGUUUGUGCUACGCGGGGAGGGCAUUUGUCAUGCGGAGUAGGCAUCAGGAAGCCCUCUAAAAAUCUGUGA